AUGAGUUCUUAUGGUAACGUUGCAUUACGUUUUGCUAGUUACAAUGGAUACAAUGAAGUUGCUCAAUUUUUCUUAUCAAAUACUGCGUGGAGAGUGCUGAAAAAUACUUCAUCUCAACCAGCAUUGGAUUUUCAAUCAGAAGUCGACGAAAUAAGAAACUUAUUAACACAAACUAUGAAUUCGCCUAAUUCCGAACAAAAAAUUCCGGAAAAUGAUCAUAUUGAAUGGUCAUUAAGUGGUGAUAAUCUAAUAAACAAAGCGAAAGAAUUUCGUCAACAAAUUGAUUUAUAUAAAACUUACAGUAAUCACCAUCAUUUAAUAACGAAGUUAUUAAUUGAAAUCAUCGAAUAUUAUUUAAAAGAAUAUUUAGUUGAACAAGAAAAGGUUUCCAAAAAUGAAAUCAAUAAAUUAGAGUUUUAUUUCAAACAAGGUAUUGAACAAAACAAUUAUUUAAUUUAUUUUAUCAAAGCCUAUACGUUAACCAAUAGUUUUCAUCGAAUUUUAAAUAAACAUCUGGCUUUGUAUAUCUUGCAUUACUUUGAUUCACAAGCGUAUUCUUCUUUAAAAAGCAAAUAUCGUUUGAUUAAUUGUUUAGCACAUAUUGUUACAUUAUUAACUAAUCAUCCCGAUAUACAUAAGUAUAGAUACACUGGUAUUACGUAUCGUGGGUUGUUAAUCAAGAAAGAUGAUUUAGAAUGUUAUAGUAUUGGAAACCAUAUAUUGAAUCGAUCAUUUGUAUCAACAUCGAAAGAUCGUUCAAUUGCUAAACUAUUUGCCGGAAGUGAACAUUUAGGAAACAUUUCUGAUUAUCGUGAUUUGGAGGAAAUACCUGUUUUAUUAAAAUAUACAACUAAACAGAGUCAAACAAGUAUUGAUAUCGAAGAGAUAUCAAUGAUUCCGAGCGAAGAAGAAGUAUUAAUAUUACCAUUUUCUGUAUUUCAAGUCAAAGAUAGAAAUGAAAAUUGUCGAAAUGUGUUUUCGCCAAUGUUAGUCGAAAUUGAUUUAGAAGAAUGCCAAGAUAAUGAUCAAAUAAAUAAUGAAAUACAGGAUAGUGAACCAACAGUAGGUCUUCAAGAUAAAAUAAAGAAAAGAACAAACGUUAUCUUUAUUGGACUAUGCAUUGUGGUCGCUUUGUUUGUGGCACUAGGCUUGUUUGUAAAAGCUCAAGUACAAUCUGGCAACCGCAAUAUCCAAACAAAGCCCAAGGAAUUAGCUGAAAUGCAAUUGGAUCGUUUAUGGGAAGAUGAAUUCAAUUCAGAAGGCACUGUUGAUCAAAAUAAAUGGGAUUUCGAUGUGGGUGGCAAUGGAUGGAAUCAUCAUGAAAAACAAUACUAUACACAAAACCGAGCACAAAACGCUCGUUGUGAGAAUUUUCCAGGAAGUCAAAAUGGUCGUUUGAUCAUAGAGGCUCACAAAGAAACCUAUGAUAAAAAUAAUUUUACUUCGGCUCGCUUGAAGAGUAAAAAAUCAUGGACCUAUGGUCGCUUACAAGUGCGUGCUUUACUUCCGAAAGGUCGUGGCCUAUAUUCAGUUUUUCUAUUGUUUCCAGUGAACAAAACGUACGGUCGAGAAUAUUGGCCCGAUAAUGGUAACAUAGAUUUAAUGUUACAUCAUGGUAAUGAUCCUCAGAACGUUGAAGCAGCGAUUAAUACAAAAUCUUAUAAUUGGUUAGUGGAUAAUCAGCCAAUUAAUAAGGUUACUAUUCCUGACGUAACCACAGAUUUUAAAGUUUAUACACUUGAGUGGAAUGUCCAUCAAUUGGAAAUGUUUGUUGGUGAUGAUGAUGAUCCAUUUAAAACACGAAUUCUCUUUUGGCCUAAACUGGGGGGAGAUUGGACUAGAUGGCCAUUUGAUAAACCAUUUUAUGUUUUACUCUUUCUCGCCAUUGGUGGCAUAUGGGGUGGCAACGAUAUUGAUGACAGUAUCUUUCCAUGUCGAAUGGAAAUCGACUGGAUUCGUUAUUAUCAACAGCCAUCAAUAUAA